CACAGAGGUACCACCAAGAAAAAUAUUUUAUCUUUGCUUUGACACCACAACAAGUUCGAGAAGUAUGCAUAUCCAGGGACUUUCUACCAGGUGGCAGAAGGGACUAUAUGGUUCAAAUUCAACUGAGGUGAGUGUUUUCUAACCUGUACAUGAUGGGUCAUGAAAAUCCCCUAAUUAACAGAUCUGAAUUUUAAAGUAUUGAGAGAGAAAAAUAAUUUAAAUCAAAACAUACUUAAAAUCAUGUAAACUAGAUUAAAAAAUACAUUCUAGAUAACUCCAAGAACAUCUUAAUUAACAUGACAACUUCUCUAGCACACACAUUUACACAUACUGGCUCAAGCAGAUGACCACACUCCCUGAGCCUAGUGUUGUUGGGAGUUUUUUUGUUAGACAGUAAAUGAACAUUCUGUCCUCAAAGUUGAUGUGUUACAAGCAGGAAAAAUGGACAAGUGUAAGAAUUUGAGCAAGUCUGACAAGAGCCAAAUUGUGAUGGCUAUAAGACUGGAUCAGAGCAUCUCCAAAUCUGCAGCUCUUGCGGGGUGUUCCCAGUCUGCAUUGGUCAGUAUCUAUUAGAAGUGGUCCAAGGAAGAAACAGUGGUGAACCUGUGACAGGGUCAUGGGCAGCCAAGGCUCACAGAUGUGCAUGGGAGGGAAGGCUGGCCCGUGUGGUCCAAUCCAACAGACCAGCUACUGUUGCUCAAAUUGCUGAAGAAGUUUAUGCUGGUUCUGAUAGAAAGGUGUCAGAAUACACAAUGCAUCACAGUUUGUUAAUAACUUUGGAGUUGCAUAGCUGCAGACCAGUCAUGGUGCCCAUGCUGACCCGUGUGCACGGCCAAAAAUGCCAACAGUAGACGUGAACAUAUCAGAGCCAGACCAUGGAGCAAUAGAAGAAGGUAGCCUGUUCUGAUGAAUCAUGUUUUUUACAUCAUGUGAAAGACCAGGUGCGUGUACGUUGCUUCCCUGAGGAACACAUGGCACCAGGAUGCACUAUAGGAAGAAGGCAACCCAGUGGAGGCAGUGUGAUGCUUUGGGCAAUGUUCUGCUGGGAAACCUUGGGUCCUGCCAUCCCCGUAGAUGUGACUUUGGCACAUACCACUUACUGAAGCAUCGUUGUAGACCAUAUGUACACACUUUCAUGGAAAUGUUAUUCCCUGAUGGCUGUGACCUCUUUCAGCAGGAUAAUGUACUGUGCCACAAAGCAAAUAUGGUUCUGCUUGUCAGAGACAAGCUGUCCUCAAGAGGAUAAUUAUCCAAACAGUCUAUGUGUCAAAGUCAAUGGAAAACUUUUCCCUUUGCCAGGUUAUGCUCCACCACCAAAAAACGGUGUGGAACAGAAGAGACCUGGAAAACCACUAAACAUUACUUCCUUAGUCAGACUCUCAUCUGCAGUGCCCAAUCAGAUUUCAGUGACAUGGGCACCUGAAAUUGGAAAAACCUAUUCUAUGUCUGUGUACCUGGUGAGGCAACUGACGUCACCACUGCUGUUGCAGAGGCUGAGAAUGAAGGGCAUCAGAAACCCAGACCACUCCAGAGCACUAAUUAAAGAGAAGCUGACAGCAGAUCCAGACAGUGAGAUUGCCACAACAAGUCUUCGAGUGUCACUUAUGUGCCCGCUGGGUAAGAUGCGACUGACAGUGCCAUGCAGGGCGGUGACGUGCUCUCAUCUGCAGUGUUUUGAUGCUGCCCUCUACCUGCAGAUGAAUGAGAAGAAACCAACCUGGAUCUGCCCUGUAUGUGACAAGAAGGCUGCAUAUGAAAGUCUCAUCAUUGACGGUUUGUUCUUGGAGAUCCUGAAUGACUGCUCAGAUGUGGAUGAAAUAAAGUUCCAAGAGGAUGGAACCUGGUGCCCCAUGAGACCAAAGAAAGAUGCUGUCAAGGUUCCCUCUCAGUCACUUCCAAAAAUUGAGACCUCAGCUCCUUUGCGUCAGGCUUCAGUGGUCCCCCAUUCUACUGAGCCCAGUUCCACCAAGAAAGCUGAUGUGAUUGAUUUGACUCUGGAAAGCUCCUCCUCUGAUGAUGAUGAUGAAGAGGACACAGACCCUCCAUUGAAGAAACAAUGUGUUUACAUUUCCAAGAAUGAGGAGAUGCAUGCAAAGGGGGUGUUGACCUACCAGCCCACUGUGCGCGUGCCAAACGUCCAAACCUUGGACCCAUCCUAUCUGACCUCUGCCCUUGCUGACUAUGCAGUCCCCUUCCAUCCAUCCACCCUAGCUACCAUCCCUACAGAUAUGCAGAGUCUGGAUUUGUUUUCCUUAAUUCAAGCAGAUCCUCAGCAUUACCGGCCUCAGAUGUUUUUGGAUAACCUGACAAACAGCAUGCAACCUGCAGCCAGCACCAGCUCAGCUAUGGUAUCCUCCUCGAGCAGCCACUAUGACACCAGCACACAUGCUGCCAGCUCCAUCCACGAGGCCCAGGUCAUCACAGGAGGAAGGGGGAGUGCCAGAGGAGGGACUGACAGCAGCAUAUCAGAUAUCAUUUCGCUUGACUGAGCUACAUCUCACUGGACCUUUUCAGGCCUGUUUUUGUGGCUUUUUAGUGUGAUCUAUAUGUACAUAAAAUGUUGAGGUCUACACAGAAGCACCCAAAUUGAUAUACAUGAGCAUUUUGAUGACCUGAACAUUUUUGUUUAAAACUGUAUCCAGGCAGGUUUUUUUGCCCUUGGAUUUUUUAAAAUUCAAAUGUGGUUUCCUUCCCAUCUCCUAUGGUAGGAUGAUAAAGGACAACACUAACUGAAGAUUUAACAAAGAGUCAGUGUAUUGCUAGUUCUUCUGCCCUUGGCAUUUCAGGAAUUUUCUUGUUUGCUUUUAUAACUUUAGUCUCAUUACAUCAUAAAACUGAACAGUAGUGUUUCGCUUUGGUUAGCCUAUGUGCCAUUGUGAGGGUGACCAGCAGCAUACUCUUGAUUGGAAUCAAUGAAAAUUGGAACCCUUUCACAUCAGUCAUUUAUUUCAGUGUUCAUGUCAAAAAGGUAUUGCUUAGGGAACUUUUUUAAUAGUUUCUUUUUAUUUCAUCCUACCAUUUUUUUUGAUGACUUGCUAGCCAGCUAGUCUUGUGGUUAUCCUUUAUACAAGUAGAUUUAUUUUAAUAACACCUCACCCUCAGCUCUGCAAACGUCUUCCUAUCAGAAAGAAAAAUGCCUGUGAUGCUUUUUUAGCAUUCAUUCAACAAUGGAAAUAUUCAAAACAUCCAACUCCUGAUUCAUACCGUAUUGUUUGCUUGCACAUACGAGUGAAUCUGACACGAGUCUGUUGUGGCCUGGUGGACAUGAACUUUGUGCUUCAUUAGGAUGGAACAGAGUCAGAAUGAAUGAAAAAAGAGCUUGGACUUUUCAUAGCAAGAGUUCAAAAUUUUCAUGUAACAUUAUCUCAAAUGGAUAAACGAUUGGACAUAGGAAACACUUCUAAGAAAGACCUUUGGACAGACUCUUCACUUUGGUGGUAUCAGACCUCCCUACACACCAUGGACAGAACUGUUUCUGGCUGUUUACUGUAACUGCUUGCUGUGUGUCUGCCUGUUUGACUUUUCAUUCAUACCAAUAGAAAUAUGGAUUAAGGUCAUUAAUUCAGAUGAUUUGUUGGUUCACCAGAUAGUCUCCACUUUGAUGGGGUCGGUUUUUGUUACAGGGCAGCUUUUAUGUCAUACCAAUGUAAAAUGUUCCUUUGUUUCAUUGUGAUUUAAUCAGAGCAAUAAUAAUUUAGAGUUUGGUUAAAAAGUGUAGUGUGAUUCCAUAUGUUCUGUACCACUCUACCACCCAAAUAUUUCCCUUAUAUAUGAUCAAUCUGUUGUCUUAUGUUAAUUACAAUCACAAUUCUUGUUCUUCCGGAGAAAUACACUUAAAGGAGUCAUUCAAAUUUAAAGUAUAUACACUAAUUUGCAUUUCUGUAGAGAGUGAGAUGAUCAAAUGAAUAUCAAUCUCAGGGCUGUGUCCAAAAUCAGCUUGUUGUUCAUUCAUUACUCCAUUUAUAAUGGACAUCAAAUAGUGAACUCGGUGCACUUUUUACACAGAAAACGUAAAUUUUUUUAUUGCAGGAAAAGCACAGGUGUAAGUGAUGGCCCGCAUUCCAUGUAGGUGAACUUGUUUCUUUGCCAUGGUACUGGCUGACUGGGACACUGGAUGGAACCCAGUCAUUGCUAAUAAAAUCAGUUUCACCUCUGCUUUGCUUUACCUGCUAUGGCAAGUCAACAUGUUGAUGAUUGUUAGCAUUAUCUCUGUCAGCUGUUGAGUCAUGCAGCAGUGUGUCACAUGUGAAAUAUGGAGCAUUGUAUUGGGGGUUGAUGAAUACCAUGGACACUAAUUGUUUUCAUUUUGUCUUAAGGAAGCUACACAGUGUAUGCAUUACCAUAUUCAAAUUAAAUGGCAGACAGUUAAUAUCUAGGGAGUGAUUAAGGCACAGUCAAAGUGCCCAGAUGUUGUAAACCUAACUUCAUCAUGUCAGUUUAUUUAUACUGCACAUUUAAACACAACAAAAUGUUAAUCCAGUUAGAACAAAAACAAAGUGGUCUAUUACAAACAUUAGAGCAAUUCAACCUUUGCAUCAAAAGUUAUCCAAAUCAGAUAGGAUAAAUUACAAGGGUAGCUCAGCAUUAAGAGCGGAAAUGGUUUGCCUGUAUGAAUCAAAAUUUCAGAAAUGCACCUACAAAUACCUCUAAAGCUCGGUAAUUACUGUACUAUCUCUGAGGCUGUUUCCCUAUUACCUGUCCUUAGACGAAACUAGACUAACCAUGUCGUGACUUCAGCUCUAUGGCCAUCACAGUGAUAUUCAUCUCCUCAUCUUGCUCUCAUAAAAUUUAGCCAGAUAUUGAACUGCCAUAUUUGUGAAAAAUAAAAAUCUUUAUCAACUUGCCAAGUAUAAAGCAGUUUAAAGGAGCAUUUCAAAAAAAGCUAUAAAUUACAGUGUUUGCUUGUAUCUAUGUUCGUGUUAAACUUAAGGCAAGUCCAUCGUGCAUUAAGUCUCUUGUUCUCCCCUUCAGUUAUCCUUUAUAAGUCCUUUAAUUCUUCUGAAUUGUGACCUCUGCUAUUUUUGGAUUUUGCUGUAUGUCGAUGAUGCUAUGUGUUGCUGUCUGGGAUGAACAGACAUAACAUGAAGAUUUGUCAAUGUUAACUCCAACACUCAAGCCCACUUACUUGCAGUUGAUGGCAGGCAGCAACAUACAGAUUGGAAACAGAGCAGCUACUGUAUCAUAACUACAUCAUCUUGAUUGAUUGUUGUUUAUGUGGACUCCCAGCUACUGGAAGUUUGAUCUCAGGGACCUACAGUCUGCUUUUCUGGGCUUGAACUGUCUAAGUGAAUUGAAAUAUAGACACAUAGUAACAAUACUGUCAGCAUCUGUACCAAAAGUGCAGAUGUUGAUGUAAAAGUAAAGCUAAUGUAUUAUAUUUCUUGGUCAGUCUAUCUUUUUUAUUCAAACAUUAUGCCAAGGAGUGUUGGCAUUUACAAAAUGAUAUGUUAAGGCAGUGAUAGUAGUUUACCAAAUUGAAAGAAGAAAGGAAAAACUUUACUUGCCUUUAGUGGUAUCUUAUCUAUGGAUAUGUUUUUCAUUCAUGUGAACAAGUUUUUGUAGUAUCUUUGACAUUUCACUCUCCAUAAAAUUUUGUUGUUUAUUAACACAUGGCACUUCAUGGUUUUUUUUUGUUUGUUUGUUGUUGUUUUUUUUACAGUCAUUAUCCCUGCUUCUCUGUGUAUUCCACAGAUGGAGACAGUCUUGAUUAGAACUUCUAUGAAUACCGUAAGCAAAACUGCUGUUGCUGAUUCUGUUUUGUGCCUGUAUUGUGUUGGGGUGGAAGCAUAAAUGUUACACAAACAUCUCAAAGCCUGGACGAAAAAGCAACUUUAUGGUAACAUACCAUUAGUCAUAGAUGGGAAAAUAUCAUCUUUUGCUGUGCUUGCACUAGGCAAAAUUAGUCUCUAGCCACUGUGUCUAAAGUGCUAGAAUUUUGUUUUUGCCACAUUUAGCCACACUUUCAGUAUCUGUACUGCGGCGCGCGAAGUUGUGGACAAAAGACAAUACAGUUGAGGACAUCAUCUUGGGCUUUGGGAAAUACUGAUACAAUAUAUUUUUCACCUUUUUCUGACAGUUUAUAGAACAAUUAAUUAAUCACUCAAUUGAGAAAGUAAUGGACAGAUUCAAAAACAAUGAAAUGACCAAUUAAUUGCCAGGCAAAUAGCAGCUGAAGCCCUGAAUAGCAAUGAUACAGGAAGAAAAAAACGCAUGAGUUAACAAGUUGGGAUGCACGAGGAGUGGAGGAGGGGGAGGAGUGUUGGUGGAAAUGGAGUAAGCUAGGUGCAGAGAGCGAGAGCUGUAGUCCGAAUCCUUUUUUCUGAUUGGCUGAGACGAGACACGUGACAGUGUGCAUCUAUUAAUGAUUGGAAGCAUUCGGGUCAUUCCGGUUAUACUCGGUAGCGCUCUUCAGUAAAGGAGACGCUGUUUGUUAUUUUCUUUGAUUAUCGCUCGGCAAAUUACGAAAAAGUUGUAAGUUAACCCUUUUUUCACAUUUAUUAGGCAAAAUUAGCUUCGCCACCGUGGCUAAACAUGCUAAAAAUGGCUUCGCCUAUGGCGAAGUGGCGAAUGGCUAGCGCAAGCACAGUUUUGGUUUUGGUGAACAGAGACUUUGGAAGAAUGGCACAAUAAAUUGAAGUGUGCAAUAUCAAGAUGAUCAGAAGCUUGACUCAUACAAGAAAAACUAUUUAGUGAAGAGUGUUUGCAGAAAGUCCACUGACUUGUGAAAAUAUUUAAUAGAUUAAGAGUCUCAAUUCACCUAUUCACCUGGGGGGGGGGGGUUGUACUCGUCACACUUAAUGGACUUUGAAACAUAAUCCAAAUCACUUGAAAGUUUCUCUUUACACACCAUACUAACAUUAGUCAGAGGUAACUACUCCUUUUUGUUGAAGCUUAUUACAGGAUGGUUUAUUUCAAAAAUUGUCUUUGUUUUCCUGUAUCUGUAAACGUGCAGCAAUUUGCAAUGUGGUACCUUAUAUAAAUCCUUCUUUUUUGUAAUUAAAGGUUUUUGUUUUUUA